AUGCACAAAAAUGCCCUUUUUAAAGGUCGCAGCACUCUUGUUGCCAUGGUAACAACAGCUGCUUGUUCGAGGCCUGGGGCCUCAUUUUCAUACAAAAAACGUCGCAAAAAAAAGAGUGAAAUGUUUAUUUCUCUAUCUCAAGCUAAAUUAAAACAUUACAAAUUGGCACUUGUACCAUAUAUAGUGACAUCAUUCGUCUACACUUUGAUUCAUUCAAUUCCCUGGGAGUGAAUGUGAACACACCAAUAGAUUAUUCAUCUCGGUAAAGUUUCGGUCAUUUUGGUUGUCGGGUAAAACAGGGAAAACGUUUAUCUGAAUUUCUCCAAAAGUACACCAAUACUGGAACUGAAACUACCCACCUAGCUGGUUACAAUAUUUUAGUUUUUAAAUAUGUAAAAAAAUCUCUGCGGGGCCUGCCCUACUCUUUAUAGGGCAGUUCAAAAAAAAAAAGCUCAAAAUCAGAUAUUGCAUAAUUUGGCGAUGUUUACAUCUAAUGUUCUCAACAACAAAUGUUUCAGAUAAAUGAAACGAGCGAGGCUUUGGAAGAAUGUUAUUUUAUGUGUAAUAUCCCGAAGAGAAACCUCGCCUCUGGUUGUCAUCUUUUUAAAAAAAUUGAUCAAACUUCAUGGAGGACUACUCGACGUAACUACAAACAUAUACCUCAAAUCGUGUGCAUAUUGUCCAGGUUCCGAGUGUUGUACCUUCUUUCAUGGGAAUUUGAGCGACCCGAAGUCCUCUGAAGAUACACUGUUAUACUUGUAUGUCAUUUUAAACAUGUUAAAGUCGGCUGAUCUACAGGAAAGUAUCCUCACACCGCUCAUUUGUCAUAAACAUGUAAGUUAUCACGAUGGCGUGACGCUGUAUUUCUCCAUGAAGUUUCCAUCGGUCGCUCAUAAGAAAACAGUAAAUAGAUGUUUUUCUGAUAUGUCAGCAGAUUUCCGCUUUCUGAAGUAAAAACAACCAAAAAAAAAGAGGAAAACCUUAAUUGAACGCUCGUAAACACUGAGAAUCUGAGAGUAUAAAUCGUAACUUGUCAGCUGCAGUACUACAUGUAAAACCAAGUUGGAAGAAUAGCAAUUUGAACUACAUAGGCAUCUCCUCACAAAGAACAGAUUCGGGCAGUUAUCAUUUCCUUGUGACAGGAAUUAAGAUAUUCCAAAUCAUCUGAAAACAGUCAGAAAACUGUUAGAAAAUUUGCAUACGAUGUGCGAGGAGGGACUUAUCACCGCCGCAGUGCUAUCGAGUCAAUCAAUGUUUCCUUCCAUGUCUUGAUAAAAAAAAAUCAUAACAAAGCUCGAAAUAAAAAGAUUUAAUGAAAUCAUAAUGUCAUAAUUCCACCUUUCAAACAACUUAUUAUCCACAUGCAAAUCGCAACUUGUCACUUGAACGAAACUCCCCAUGGUUAAUAUGUAAUCCGGAUUGCUUCAUGUCCAUCAGAAAAAGGGCAGCGAUUUCAUCAUCAUUAUUUUCCAUACUUUUCUCCCGGAUAUAUUUUACAAGCUUUAAAAAAAGAUGAAAAUAACGCAAUCUCCCAGUGAUUUACACGAGAGGAAGUCAAAGGUCCUUUAAUUUUCCCCUGAGGUAGCCGGCUCACCAGGAAGGAGAUCGUUCGGUCCAAUAUUGUUAGUCUGUGGAGAUUAUCAAGCCAAUAACUUGAGAAGAUUGUGCCCUUUGGUUCAUCAAUGACAGCAUUAAUUAUUUCAAAUCUGUAUUUCUCGGUCCAAGCGACACCAAAAAUAGUUCCUUUGUAAUUUUGUAAGCACUUUCUAGAACAUUUUAUUGUCACGGGAAAUAAAUCUCAAGGCUCAAAGCCAAUAUAACGUUCGAGCAGGUGAAAGACUCCCUGAAAAAAGCUAAAUUUUGGAAAUUGAUUGUGAUGAAAUCCCUAUUCCAUUUUCUGUACUGCAGGGAUACUGAGUAGUUCAAAAUCUCCACUUUGUGAUGAUUUUCGCGUCGUACAAAUUGCCAUUGUUGCGACUGAGUUUUACAUGUAGUACUGCCGCUGACAAGCUGCGAUUUCUGCUCUCAGAUUCCCAGUGUUUACGAGUGUUCAAUUGAGGUUUUCUUCUUUUUUUUUGGCUGUUUUUUACUUAGAAUGCGCGAAAAUCUGCUGAUAUAUCCAAAAAUGGCCAUUUCUCGUCUUCUUUGGAGCGAUCGAGGGAAACUUCAUGGAGAAAUACAGCGCCAUGCCGUCGUUACAACGUACAUGUUUUUGACAAAUGAUUGGUGUGAGGAUAGUUUGGUAUAGAUUAGCUGACUUCAACAUGUUUCAAAUGACAUACAAGUAUAACAGUGUAUCUUCAGAGGACUUCGGAUCGCUCAAAUUCCCAUGAAAGAAGGUGCAGCACUCGGAAUCUGGAUGAUAUGCACACGAUUUGAGGCAUAUGUUUGUAGUUACGUCGGGUAG